AAAAAAAGAGAGAGACUAUAUUACACGGGAAAGAAAAUCAGGUGACAAAACAGGAGUGACUUAAAAUCAGAGAUAGUGUGAGAGACGGCCUCCCGACUCGAACCGAGGUGAUAAAAUGAAUUCGGACUCAGGUUCGAGCAGAUCCUCCUCGCCGGACGUGGACGAGCUGUAUACGCUCAAGACUUCCUCGUCCUCGGGACAGAACGAGUUCGCGGCGAAGAUGAGCGAGCACUUGUCGCGAGGCGCCGGCGUGGACAGGACGUCAGCAGUUGUCGGGGUCGGAGGCAAGUACAAGCUAAAGAAGCAAGUCACCGAAGAGGAGCUCCAGCAGCUUCGCCUGAAGAUCAACGGACGGGAGCGCAAACGCAUGCACGACCUGAACCUGGCCAUGGACGGCCUGCGUGAGGUCAUGCCGUACGCGCACGGGCCGUCGGUGCGAAAGUUGUCCAAGAUCGCCACACUGCUGCUGGCGCGGAACUACAUCCUAAUGCUCACCAGCUCUCUGGAUGAGAUGAAGAGGCUGGUGGGAGAGAUCUACGGCGGCGGCCAUCACGCAGCCUUCCACUGCGGCGCCGUGGCGAACCACGCGGUCGCACACGCGCCCGGUCCCGCAGCCCCCACGGUGCACCACGCGCUGCUCGGAGGCGCUCUAGCACCGCCUACAGCGUCCUCCGCGGCCGCGCUGUCCGCCGCACUUCCCGCGCUCAGCUCCCUCCGCGCGCCUCAGACCCUGAUGAAGACGCCGCCGACGCCUCCUCUCCAAGUUGGCACCGGCUUCCAGCACUGGGCAGGACUGCCGUGUCCCUGUGCCAUCUGCCAGGUGCCUCCACCCGCCGCACACGUGCCCAUCGCCUCCACGGGACACACGAGACUUUCUGUCGACAAGGAGGCGAUGAAGUGACUAUAUUCAAAUGUCAUCAUGUAAAUUGUAUAGGGCUGGACUCGCAAAAACAAACAAAAAAAAAGUAUCUUGCAUGAUGUGUAUUGUUUGUAUAAUUUGCUCUUUUGUUUCUUUUUCACGAAAUCUGAAUUCCCUCCUUGUAACAAGGAUCUCGUCCAAUUCAUUGUAAAUUAAUUGCCUGCGCGUACUUAAUCCACUGUAAAUAAUCUAAAGGCAUCAGAAGACUUACAUGUUUAAAUGUUAGCUCUGCUUUAAAAAAAAAUGUCGCCUUGUUGUUUUUAGACUGCGAGAAGCAGUACAUGAUGGUGAAGGUGAGAGAAAAGCUAAAUGCGCGUCUUUACGCAGAGGUCAGGAAGUGCCGUGCGUUCCUUGUAACAAGGAUUGUCAGAGUCUCACAGGAUAAAAGUGUGCGACGGUGUUUUGAGUUGUUGUUAAUUCGUUUGUUUGACAAUUUAAUGUAUUUCACUGAAGUGUGCAAGCAAUUGAACUCGGCGUGAUGUUUUGCUGUCGGCGCGCGUUCAUGUGUUGAAUCGGGGUUGAAUUUUCUGCAUGAACGUCAAGUUAAAGCAGUUUAAA